AUGAACUCCUAUUUCCAGUGGUACCGCAUGGAUGAUGAUUUAUGCAUAAAGUAUGCGGAGAUGAGACUUGACGGACAGGCCAAGAUAGUUUGA